AUGACCUUCUCCUGGUGGCGCCGGGGUGGUGGUGGCGCGGCGAACGCGGCCACCGCGACAGGCGAGGCGGAGUGGGGCAUGGCAGGGGAUGGCCGCGGCGGCAUGAUUCCGAGUCAAAGUCAGCUGCAGCGUGCAGGAACCGUUCGCGUGCUUCUGCUCUCUGCACUUCUGAAGACCUUCAUGGCCUCCGAGGCGGCAGUCGUCCACACCGGCGGUUGCCACUGCCGGCGCGUGCGGUGGCAGGUCGAGGCCCCCGCGAGCGUGGUGGCGUGGAUCUGCAACUGCUCCAACUGCUCCAUGCGCGGGAACACCCACUUCAUCGUCCCCGCCGCCAAGUUCAAGCUGCAGGCCGGCGCCGACGAGUUCAUCACCACCUACACCUUCGGCACGCACACGGCCAAGCACACCUUCUGCAAGGUCUGCGGCAUCACCUCCUUCUACACCCCGCGGUCCAACCCGGACGGCGUGGCCGUCACCGUUGCCUGCGUCGACCCCGGUACCGUGAAGCACGUCGAGUACAGGAAGUUCGAUGGGGGGAACUGGGAUAACUUUUUCAGGACCAGCGACAUCGCCGGAUUCUCCAAGGACAAGGCGGAGGCGGCGGAGUAG